AUCAAAAAGGGCAGAUCGUGUCCUUCCUCUGUUUUUACCAAUUUGCAUCCUCCUCUCUCUCAUCCUUCUUCACAACCUCUUCUCCUUUUUCAAAUCUCAACUGAAACCCUAGAAAAAUCAUCACUGAUUGUUGGAUCUAUCAUUCUUCUCGAUCGACUAUCUAGGGUUUUGCACACUUUUUUACAACUUUUUUCUUCCCACCACCUCCAGAUUCUCUGUUGGACUGCUUUAUCUACUCGGUUCUACUUUUACUUGGCUUCGAUCUCUUCCAGAAUUUAGCUUGUUAGACUUGAUAGAUCAAAAAUGGAAGCGAUCGAAGAAUUGGUUCAGCUGUCGGAUUCGAUGCGGCAGGCGGCGGCUUUACUUAAUGAUGAAGAUGUUGACGAAAAUUCUUCGUCGUCCUCAAGGCGUGGUUCCACAUUUCUAAACGUUGUUGCUCUUGGCAAUACGGGUGCAGGUAAAUCAGCGGUUUUGAACAGUUUGAUCGGACAUCCUGCUUUACCCACUGGUGAAGGUGGUGCAACUCGUGCACCUAUAUGCAUCGACUUAAAGAGAGAUGAAAACUUAAGCAACAAGUCAAUUGUACUGCAGAUCGAUAGUAAAUCCCAACCAGUGUCUGCAAGUGCUCUGCGCCAUUCUUUACAGGAUAGACUUAGUAAGAUAUCAAGCAAGAGUCGUGAUGAAAUAUAUUUGAAGCUUAAAACGAGUACAGCUCCUCCUCUGAAAUUGAUUGAUUUGCCUGGUGUUGAGAAAGGGAAUCUUGAUGAUUCAUUGAGUGAAUAUGCUCAGCACAAUGAUGCGAUUCUAUUGGUUGUAAUACCUGCUGCCCAGGCACCUGAAGUUGCAUCUGCUAAAGCCCUCAGAAUCGCAAAGGAAUAUGAUGGAGAAUGUACAAGAACGAUUGGUGUUAUUAGCAAAGUAGACCAAGCAUCUGCAGAUCCCAAAGUUCUUGCUGCAGCUCAAGCACUUUUAUUGGGUCAAGGGCCAAGAAGUGCAGCUGAUAUUCCAUGGGUUGCUCUCAUUGGUCAAUCAGUUUCCAUUGCUUCAGCACAAUCUGGAAGUGUGGGUUCUGAUAACUCAUUAGAAACUGCUUGGAGGGCUGAAAGUGAAAGCUUGAAAUCUAUAUUGACUGGAGCCCCUCAGAGCAAGCUUGGUAGAUUAGCUUUGGUUGAGACAUUAGCUCAUCAAAUCCGUAGCCGUAUGAAGAUCAGGCUUCCAAAUCUUUUAACAGGGCUUCAGAGUAAAUCGCAAAUUGUGCAAGAUGAAUUGGUAAGGCUUGGAGAAUCAAUGGUUAGUAGUUCUGAAGGUACACGGGCUUUGGCUUUGGAACUUUGUCGUGAAUUUGAAGACAAGUUUCUUCAACACAUUAUGACUGGAGAGGGUAGUGGCUGGAAAGUGGUGGCAAGUUUUGAGGGUAACUUUCCUAAUAGGAUCAAGCAACUUCCUCUAGACAAACAUUUUGAUAUAAAUAAUGUCAAAAGGAUUGUGUUGGAGGCAGAUGGUUAUCAACCUUAUCUUAUAUCUCCUGAAAAAGGACUGCGAUCUUUAAUAAAAAUAGUAUUAGAGCUUGCCAAAGAGCCAUCACGUCUUUGUGUUGACGAGGUUCAUCGUGUGCUUGUGGAUAUAGUUUCUGCAUCAGCAAAUGCCACACCUGGGCUUGGAAGAUAUCCUCCUUUUAAGAGAGAGGUUAUUGCAAUUGCUACUACUGCUUUGGAGGGUUUUAAGAAUGAUGCAAAGAAGAUGGUGGUUGCACUUGUUGACAUGGAGAGGGUUUUUGUUCCACCUCAGCAUUUCAUUCGUUUGGUCCAGAGAAGGAUGGAUAGACAGCGACGAGAAGAAGAGAUCAAGAACAGAUCUUCCAAGAAGGCUGUGGAUGCUGAACAGUCCUUACUAAAUAGGGCAACUAGUCCUCAAACAGGAGGCAACUUAAAAUCAAUGAAGGAUGGCAAGCAAGACAAGGAUGCACAAGAGGGGCCCGCCUUAAAGACUGCAGGACCUGAGGGGGAGAUAACAGCAGGAUAUUUGUUGAAGAAAAGUGCAAAAUCUAAUGGAUGGAGUAGAAAGUGGUUUGUUUUAAAUGAGAAAACUGGGAAGCUUGGAUACACUAAAAAACAAGAAGAGAGAAAUUUCCGUGGGGUGAUUACUUUGGAGGAAUGCAAUAUAGAAGAAAUGGAAGAGGAAGAACCCCCAGCCCCAUCCAAGAAGGAUAAAAAAUCAAAGGUGGUGGAAGAAAAGGCACCCAGCCUAGCAUUCAAGAUAACAAGCAAGGUUGCAUACAAAACUGUUUUAAAAGCUCACAGUGCUGUUGUGUUAAAGGCUGAGAAUGUUGCAGAAAAAGUUGAGUGGUUAAACAAAUUAAGAGUUGUUGUUGGAGCCAAAGGUGGUCAAGUGAUUAUGAAAGCUGAUGGUCCUCCCAUUCGCCAUAGUCAAUCAGAGGGUUCUCUUGAUUCAAUGGUGAGAAAACCAGCAGAUCCAGAGGAAGAACUUCGUUGGAUGGCUCAGGAAGUACGCGGUUAUGUUGAAGCUGUUUUGAACAGCCUUGCAGCAAAUGUCCCAAAGGCAGUUGUUCUUUGCCAAGUAGAAAAAGCCAAAGAAGACAUGCUCAAUAAGCUCUACAGUUCCAUAAGCUCGCAGACUACACCAAGGAUAGAAGAGCUUCUUCAAGAAGAUGGAAACGUGAAGCGCAAAAGGGAGAAAAUUCAAAAGCAAUCCUCUCUCCUCUCCAAACUCACCAGACAACUCAGCAUUCAUGACAACCGAGCUGCUGCAGCCUCCAACAUGUCAAAUGGUAGUCCUGCAGAGAGUCCAAGAACCAGUGGGCCAUCGACAGGUGAUGACUGGAGAUCUGCUUUUGAUUCUGCUGCCAAUGGGCCCACUGACCUGUCCAGGUUCGGGUCCAAUGGUCACAGUCGCAGGAACAGUGACCCAAGCCAGAACGGUGAUGUUGACUCUGGGUCGAACUCCGGUAGCCGCCGUACCCCGAACCGGUUGCCACCAGCGCCACCUGGCUCCGGCUCCAGCUCUGGUUAUAGGUUUUAGCUUUUGAAUAUUAGUUAAAAAAAAUGAAAUUGAAAUUGAAAUUGGAGGCAAUUGUUGUUUUGGUAUUGGUAUGUUUUGUAGAGUUGGUACACGUGUUUUGUAGAUAUAUGACUGACAGACAGACAGACACAAGGAAGAUUGUUUUGUACUUUGGUUUAUCAUGUAUUAGUUUCUGGAUUGAGGUG